AUGGCAGAGGAAGGCCGAGGGCUGGAGGAACCCCUGAGCUGGUGGCCGGGGACGUGGCCCCCACGGCUUUGCCUCUGUCCCAGGUAUGACGUGGGAGGGAGGCACAUGGUGUGCGUGACGCUGCCCGAGGACGUGGAGAAGCUGAAGCAGGCGGAGGGCCCCCAGCCCCGCAGGAUGGUCCUGGAGCCCUGGCUGGCCCACCGGCAGCAGCGCGGGCACAAGCACGGCGUUCUUGCUAGUGGCCUCCAUGGCACCGAGGGCCUGGAUGGGGACAGGAGUGCCAGGCCCCUGGCCAGCCGAAACGGGCCGGCCUGGCGCUCGGACCGCCUGCGGCUGAACCCCGACGUGAUGUCGCCGCAGGCCGUCCAGAAGUUCAUCCCCAUGGUGGACAGGGUGGCGAGGGACUUCUGCGGGGCCCUGAUGGCGAAGGUGCAGCAGAACGCGCGGGGGAGCCUGACCCUGGACAUCCAGCCCAGCAUCUUCUACUACACCAACUUGGUCCUUUUCGGAGAGCGGCUGGGCCUCCUCAGCCAGAGCCCAAGCCGGGCCAGCCUGGAUUUCAUCCACGCGCUGCAGGCCAUGCUGGAGUCCACCAUGCGGCUCAUGUUCAUGCCCCAGAGCCUGUCCCGCUGGACGAGCGCCAAGGUGUGGCAGGAGCACUUCGAGGCCUGGGACUGCAUCUUCCAGUACGCCAACAGCUCCAUCCAGAAAAUCUACCAGGAGCUGGCACUCGGCUGCCCUCAGCACUACAGCGGCGUGGUGGCGGAGCUGCUCCUGCACGCGGACAUGACGCUGGACGCCAUCAGGGCCAGCUCCAUCGACCUCACGGCCGGCAGCGUGGACACGACAGCCUACCCCUUGCUGAUGACCCUCUUCGAGCUGGCACGCAACCCCGGGGUGCAGCAGGCCCUGCGUCAGGAGAGCCUGCAGGCCGAGGCCACCAUCUCUGAGAACCCUCAGAGAGCCGUGGCCGAGCUGCCCCUGCUGCGGGCGGCGCUCAAGGAGACCCUGAGGCUGUACCCCGUGGGCAUCUCAGUGGACCGACAGGUGAACUCGCGGCCUGGAAGGCAGAAGCUGCACCAGGACCUGGGACUGGGGACAGGCCGGUCCUCAGGCGGAGCCGCACCUCUGUCCCAGGUGCUGAAACGCUUCCAGGUGGACACGCUGACGCAGGCGGAUGUGAGGAUGGUCUACCGGUUCGUGCUGAUGCCAUCGGUCAUCCCGCUCCUGACCUUCCGCGCCAUCAGCUAGUGCCCUCACCGCCCACGUGCCGCGCCGCCAGCUCCCCUGUGCCCGACCCGGGCCCUGCUUCCUGCCUCACCCACUACCCAGCCAGCACCUCCACAGACGGAACAGCCAGGCCCUCUGAGGUCAGGGCAGAGCCAGGGAUGCGUCUUGGCAGCAGGUCGGGGCUCUGUGCCCAGUCCCCCCAGCGCCUACGAGGAACACCAUCCGAGGGCCUUAGCCCCACCGGUCACCCCAGGACUGGCUCCAGCUCAUGUGUCCACCAGGGGGCCUCUGACCCUGUCUCUUGCCUCCCUGUCCAGUCCUGCUCUUCCCCUGCGAGAACUGACAGCAGGGUCCCCUGUCCUGCUCGGGGCCGCGCUCCUUGUGCGCCGUGCUCUGCCUGGAGCUGGGCAUCGAGCUGGGCUGCGAUUUGCCCACCAGCCUGUUUCCAGCCACGGGCCCUCCUGGCACUGCCAUCCUCGGCGACUGGCUGAGCCUCCCAGCCACGGGGCUGGAUAGAUGGCAGCGGCUACUAGAAUGGCCAUGGCCACUGAGGGGCCCAGUUGGACAUCUGGGCCAAUGAUACCCCUGAAGGCAGGCAGGAUGGCCACCCCCACAGGCUGGCAUCGGGGUGACUACAGAGAAGCCUCUGGAGGAAGGGGGUGGGGCAGGUCAGCCACGUGCAGCCACGUGCUCCCUUUUU